UUCUCUCACAAAUGUGCAGUAGUCUGAAUAUACGGUGAGCACAGAUGAGUGUCAGCAGAUCUUCUGUCAGAGUGAGAAGUGAUUGUGUGACUGAAGCAGCUUCUUCUCUCUUCUGCUGGAUUAUUGGGCUCUUCUGGACUCUAGAGAAAUGAAGCUCAUCUUUGGACUGAUGCUGCUGAAAACUGCUGCAUGUCUGGAGUUUAACUGCUGGUUUAAUCAGUCAGAUCCCUGUUACGCAGCUCUGGGACACAAACUCAAUCUGCUGAUGGUGGACGCUAGUAGAUAUAACCUGAAGAUAAAAAAGAUAAUAAGCAGCACACAAGAUGAUCCAGUUUGUAGAGUAAAGAAUGGCAAGAUAAAGGAGAGCGAAUGUGAUCUUUUUAAUAACAGACCUGAAGUGUCAGUCAUUAAUGGGAUUCUGAUAAUAAACCGUGUGAUCAGAGCAGAUUCAGGGAUUUACACUUUACGACUCGAUCUCUCAGACGGCACAGAAACAUCUACAGAUCUUCAAGUGAAUGUUGAAGCUCCUAUUGGCUCAGUGGAAGUAUCAAUCAACUGCUCCUCCAAUGGGGUGAUGAGGGCGUUCUGCUCCUCUGAUGGGGAUCUGCUCCUCUUCAGCUGGACUCUGAAUGGAGAUCCACUGAUGGAUGGAAACAUCAUUGAUCUGGAUGAGGGAAUUGAUGGAAACAUCAGCUGCAACGUGAAGAACCACGUCAGUCACCGACAGAAGACCAUUAGACUCGUGCAGGACAUGCAGGGGCUCAAAUGUUUGGAGUUUAACUGCAGGUUUAAUCAGUCAGAUCCCUGUUACGCAGCUCUGGGACACAAACUCAAUCUGCAGAUGGUGGACGCUAGUAGAUAUAACCUGAAGAUAAAAAAGAUAAUAAACAACACACAAGAUGAUCCAGUUUGUAGAGUAAAGAAUGGCAAGAUAAAGGAGAGCGAAUGUGAUCUUUUUAAUAACAGACCUGAAGUGUCAGUCAUUAAUGGGACUCUGAUAAUAAACCGUGUGAUCAGAGCAGAUUCAGGGACUUACAGGUUAUAUCUCGAAGACUCAAAAGGCACAGAAACAUCUACAGAUCUUCAAGUGAUUGUUGAAGCUCCUAUUGGCUCAGUGGAAGUAUCAAUCAUCUGCUCCUCCAGUGGGGUGAUGAGGGCGUCCUGCUCCUCUGAUGGGGAUCCGCUCCUCUUCAGCUGGACUCUGAAUGGAGAUCCACUGAUGGAUGGAAACAUCAUUGUUCUGGAUGAGGGAACUGAUGGAAACAUCAGCUGCAGCGUGAAGAACCACGUCAGUCACCGACAGAAGACCAUUAGUGUAAAACACUGUCCUGUGUCUGUGGUGUUUGUGCUGCUCUGGUGUUUUCAGCUGAUGUUUCUGUUGGGUCUGUUAGGAGGUUUUCACAUCUACAUGAGACACACGUCAGGAAAGAAACAGGAAGAUCAACAAGUGAGAAUGAGAAGAUUUAGAGAAGGACAUGAACACACAGCAGAAGAUUGAUGAGACCAGCAGCAGAUCUCAUCACAUCUAUGAGAAAUCACUUCAGAACGUCCAAGACUUUCACAUCCAACCGACAUUAAUUUUACACAUCUGGAGUCAUUCGGUCUUUUACUUCAGUCUGUUGGCUUUGGUUGAUUUCAUUUACAGUGCCUGUUUAGAUGUUUAACUGUUCAAAACUGUUCCCAUAGAUUACUUUUGAGUGUUUUGACACAUUCCUGCAUGUACCUUCACAAGAUCUUUGUCAUUAUAGAAUAUUGCAAAACACAUUGUUCUUUAAGAAUUGUAAAUUGAAUUUGUGUUGAAAUUGUUAAGAUUAACUUGGUAUUGAGUUGAACAAAAAUAAAAUUAUUUGAAAUUCAGCUGUUUUUGCUGUCAAAACA